UGUUGGCAGGACAGCCACUGUGCGGUGUGAACCCCUUCGGCUAGCAGUGCGUCCACCUGCAUUUCUAUACGCAUCUCGGGGUGACAAGUGACAGCUGCCGGAUGCCGGGGGCACAUGGGAUAAAGAAGUAUUGUACAAGAGACGCAUGAGAUAAGGUAGUGAAAUAAAGCACAAGAAAACGUAACAGUGGCGACGAGGCGGUAGAAGUUUGCAAAAAAAACCAGCGAAAAUUUUCCCGGGACCGUGUGUUAUCAUCGACAAUGGAAGGUGCUCAAGAAAAAGAUUCUGCAGCAGGCGGAGGAGAGUCAUCAAAGAAUGUGUCGGAAGCGAUACUGAAAAUUCUCGCCAACCAGCAGAGCCUCAUGUCUUCUAUGGCACAACAGCUUCAAUUGACGAAUCAAUCCAUACAAAAGUUCACACAUGUGGAGGUUGUACUUGACUCAUUAUCAAGUAAUAUGUCAGAGUUUGUCUACGACAAAGAAAACGGAUACACUUUCGACGCCUGGUAUUCCCGUUACAGCGAACUUUUCGAUCGGGAUGCUUGCAACCUUGACAACGCGGGAAAAGUGAGGUUACUUUUACGCAAACUGAGCCCACAAGAUCACGAGCGGUACAAUAGUUUCAUAUUGCCAAUACUAGCUCGCGAAUUCACAUUCGAACAAACAGUGGAAAAGCUAAAAUCCCUGUUUGGCGCUACCAUCUCUACGUUUCGCCGCAGAUACAAUUGUCUUCAAAUGACAAAAGAUGACGUAGAUGAUUAUCUUUCAUAUUCCUGUAAAGUGAACAAAUCCUGUGUUGAUUUUAAACUUUCCGAGUUAACUGAGGAACAGUUUAAAUGCUUGAUCUACGUAUGUGGACUUAAGUCAAGCAGCGAUGCAGAGAUUCGUAUGAGGCUGAUCAACAAACUGAACGAAGCACAGGACAUCACGCUCCAACAAAUCGUCGAACAGUGCAAAAGUCUCGUUAACCUCAAACAGGACACUGUGCUUGUAGAGCAACCAUCGUCAGUGCAGUACGUUGCUAACAAAGGUUCAUCACAGCAACAACGUCAUCCCAGCGGAGGAAACAAACAGCAGGAUCAUCCUCGUACUACUUGCUGGUCUUGCGGUGCAAUGCACUUCCACAAAGAUUGUCCGAGUCGAAACCACAAAUGCAAAGAUUGUGGUAAAAUUGGACAUUCCGAAGGAUACUGCGCCUGUUUCACAUCAAUGGCGACCACCAGUGCUCCAGCGCAGAAGGCACCGUGGAAGAAGCAGUACAAGCGGAAGCAACAUCAGGGACAGACAUCGAAAAUAGUGACAGUCAACCAUGUCACGCAAAGAAGGAAGUUCGUCUCCGUUCAUCUCAACAACAUUCCUCAUCGACUGCAAAUUGACACCGGAUCGGACAUCACCAUCAUCUCACAUCAGGCAUGGAAGCGUAUCGGUUCUCCGGCAGUCAAACCAGCCACUUGCAAUGCUAGGACAGCGUCGGGCGAUCCGUUGCAAUUAGCGGCGGAGCUGGAGUGCAGCAUCACCAUCAAUAACGUUACGAAACAGGGUAAGUGUUUUGUAACUGAUCCGAAUGUCAAUCUUAACGUUUUAGGGAUUGAUAUGAUGGACCUUUUUGGACUGUGGAACGAGCCAAUCACAGCGUUCUGCAACCAGAUCUGCACCACGAAGACGACAAACAUAGCAGAACUACGGUCUCGUUAUCCAGACGUCUUCAACGACAAAAUGGGGUUGUACAACAAGACAGCAGUACAACUUACGUUGAAGGGCACGCCUACACCAGUAUUUCGUGCAAAGAGACCCGUUGCGUACAUGAUGGAAGCUGUUGUUGAAGAUGAGCUGCAUCGUCUGGAAAGUCUUGGCAUCAUCAAAAAAGUGGACUUUUCUGACUGGGCGGCACCCAUCGUCGUGGUACGAAAACCGAACGGCACCGUUCGUAUUUGUGCGGAUUUCUCGACGGGGUUGAACAACGUGCUGGAGUCGAAUAAUUAUCCUUUACCACUGCCAGAGGAUAUCUUCGUGAAAAUGGCUAACUGCGUCAUUUUCAGCCACAUUGAUUUGUCGGACGCCUACCUACAAGUACCCGUAGACGAAGCAAGCCAACCAUUCCUAACCAUCAACACCCACAAGGGACUGUUUCAAUUCACACGAUUGUCACCCGGCAUCAAAUCAGCGCCAGGGGCAUUUCAAAAGUUGAUGGACACGAUGCUCGCUGGGCUCAAUAGCACCACAGGGUACCUGGACGACAUAUUAGUAGGUGGACGAAACGAAGAUGAGCAUUAGCAAAACUUACAUCUCGUGCUAAACCGUUUGCGAGAUUACGGAUUUACCGUACGCAUUGAAAAAUGUAAAUUCAAUAUGCGCCAAGUCAAAUAUCUGGGACAAAUCCUUGAUGCACAAGGAAUCCGGCCAGAUCCAGAUAAAAUAGCACCAAUUGUGAGCAUGCCACCGCCGCACGACAUUCCAAAGCUGCGAUCAUACCUUGGAGCCAUAAAUUAUUAUGGCAAAUAUGUCCAAGAAAUGCGCACACUCCGUCAGCCCAUGGAUCAACUUUUGAAGGCAGGUAUGAAAUUUCAUUGGUCCACAGCAUGCCAAAGAUCAUUCGAUCGUUUUCGAGAAAUUUUACAAUCUCCAUUACUGCUAACGCAGUACAAUCCAAAAAUGGAGAUAAUAGUAUCUGCAGACGCUUCAAACGUAGGAUUGGGUGCUCGCAUUGCUCACAAGUUUCCUGAUGGAUCAAUUAAAGCCAUUUACCAUGUGUCGCGUAGCUUAACAUCAGCUGAAAGUAACUAUAGCCAAAUUGAAAAAGAGGCGCUGGCUUUGAUAUUUGCGGUUACACGCUUUCACAGAAUAAUUUAUGGGCGUCGAUUCAUUCUGGAAACAGAUCACAAACCUUUAUUGGCUAUUUUUGGUGCAAAGAAGGGUAUACCAACGUAUACAGCAAAUCGUUUACAACGAUGGGCAUUAACUCUUCUGCUCUACGAUUUUUCGAUUAACUAUAUCUCUACAGAUAGUUUUGGUCACGCCGACGAUAUAUCACGUCUUAUCAAUCGACAUGUGCGGCCAGAUGAAGAGAUGGUCAUAGCUAAUCUCACUUUCGAAAAAAGUAUUCGGAGCAUCUUGAACGAAUCACUGCAAGCAGUCCCAUUGUCGUUCAAGACAAUUCAAAAUACAACCAAAAAUGAUGAUACCUUACAACAAAUCAUCAAGUUCAUUAAGGAAGGUUGGCCACCUAAAACCAUCAUAAACGAUCCUAAAAUCCUACAAUUUUAUCAACGACGAGAUGGACUGUCUGUCGUAGCAGAUUGUAUUACGUAUGGAGAGAGAUUGGUCGUGCCUCCCAGUUCCAGGGAAAGUGUCCUCAAGCAGCUACACAAGGGACACCCUGGUAUCGAACGCAUGCGCUCGAUCGCACGGCAGUAUGUGUACUGGCCAAACGUCGAUGAAGACGUUGCACAUAUCGUAAAAUCGUGUAUCGAAUGUUCUAGUGUUGCGAAAACAGAUAGAAAAACAACUCUUGAAUCCUGGCCAGUUCCGGAAAAAGCAUGGCAAAGGCUACAUCUCGAUUAUGCAGGGCCUGUUAACGGUUACUACUAUCUGAUUCUUGUUGACGCAUACUCUAAGUGGCCAGAAGUGAUGCGCACUAAAGACAUCACCACAACCGCAACAUUGCGCAUGCUCCGCAAUAUUUUCGCAAGACACGGACAACCUGAAACAUUGGUCACUGAUAAUGGUACACAAUUUACCAGUAAUAUGUUCGAAACAUUUUGUGAGCAUUUGAUUGUGCAUUUGAAGACUGCUCCCUUUCAUCCGCAGUCAAACGGACUAGCAGAAAGAUUCGUCGACACAUUCAAGAGAGCCCUUAAAAAUAUUACAGCAGGGGGGGAAACGUUAGAAGAAGCAAUCGACACCUUUCUGCUGUGCUAUCGUUCAACACCAUGUCGUAGUUCACCGGAAGGAAAAUCACCAGCUGAGCACAUUUAUAAAAGACCAAUACGAACAGCUCUCGAAUUAUUACGUCCACCCUCUUCAUCGCACAAAGUCCAUGAUAACAAACAAGAAAAGCAGUUCAAUCUCAAACACGGAGCAAAGAAGCGGCAUUACUCCCCUCAGGACUUAGUGUGGGCUAAAGUGUACCAUAACAACAAAUGGAGUUGGGCUCAUGGGCAAGUUAUUGGGCAAAUUGGUAGUGUGCUGUACAAUGUAUGGUUGUCAUCAACGAGGAAGCUCAUUCGAUCGCAUUGUAAUCAGCUACGAAGUCGACAUGAAGCAGAAGUUUCCCAGCAAGAGCAACUAGCAAUUACAGACGUUCAGAUACCGCUGGCGAUACUCCUCGAUAAUUGUGGUCUUAACGAGGAAGUAGAAACCACAACAUCCACAACACUCCCAUCAGAAAUGUUGGCAGACCUGGCACCACCACGUCAACGAAGCCGUGUUGGGUCAACACGUAACAACAAUCAACCACCGGUACCUACACGUCAAUCAUCCAGACAACGCGUACCACCAACCAGAUACGACGCGUAUCAUCUUUACUAAAAAAUAGGGAGGUGUUGGCAGGACAGCCACUGUGCGGUGUGAACCCUUUCGACUAGCAGUGCGUCCACCUGCAUUUCUAUACGCAUCUCGGGGUGACAAGUGACAGCUGCCGGAUGCCGGGGGCACAUGGGAUAAAGAAGUAUUGUACAAGAGACGCAUGAGAUAAGGUAGUGAAAUAAAGCACAAGAAAACGUAACAUUUUGAAACAGAAACAACGUGUAGUUUGGACGAAAGAGGAAAUUGGAUUGCGAUGCUACAAAUAUUUGGCUAAAGAUAGAAAGUUUCCUUUACCUGCAGACGCAACUUUAAAACGAUACACAAAGAACCUCGUUGUAAAGGAAGGAAUUUUGGAUGACGUUCUUAAAUUAAUAAGCAAUUUAACCAGCACUUUUACUGAAAAAGAUCGCCUUUGUGCUCUGUCUUUCGAUGAAAUGAAAGUUAACAAAAUAAUUGAACUGGACAAAGCAUCGGAUGAGAUAAUUGGACCACAUAACUAUAUGCAGGUCGUGAUGGCUCGAGGACUGUGUAACAAAUGGAAACAACCUGUGUACAUAGGAUUUGAUAAGAAAAUGACAAAAUAAAUACUCUUGAAGAUAAUUGAAAAACUAAGUGAAAUAAAUAUUAACGUUGUAGCUAUCAUCAGUGACAACUGCUCUACAAAUGUAAGUUGCUGGAAAGAACUGGGAGCUCAAGACUACGAAAGGCCGUAUUUCCAACAUCCCACAACUUUAAAUAACGUGUACGUAAUCCCUGAUGCACCUCAUUUAUUAAAGCUACUAAGGAAUUGGUUUUUGGAUAGUGGAUUUACGUACAACGCAAAACAUAUAAAGGCAGACCUACUUAUUGACAUGAUAGCCACUAGAAAUGAAACAGAGAUUACACCUUUAUAUAAGUUGAGUAAAACUCAUUUAGUUAUGACGCCACAAGAGCGUCAGAAUGUUCGACGUGCCGCACAGCUGCUCUCACAUACUACUGCUCUUUCCUUGCGUCGUUAUUUUAAAAAUAAUGCUGAAGCUACGGACUUGGCAAAUUUCAUAGAAAAAGUUGACUUAUGGUUCAGCAUAUCGAACUCCUUUAGUCCUUUCGCCAAAUUAGACUAUAAAAAGUCUUAUACAGCAAGCGACGAUCAGAUAAAAGCAUUAGAUGAAAUGUUCGAAUUAGUUUCAAAUAUGACCGUGAUUGGUAAGCAUAGCUUGCAAAUUUUUCAAAAGUAGUUGCUGAUGCAGAUAACGUCUCUUAAAAUGCUUUAUGAUGAUUUUCAUAAAAGACACAACAUUUCCUUCAUAUCCACUCACAAGCUCAAUCAAGAUGUACUGGAGAAUUUUUUCUCACAGCUAAGGCAGAUAGGAGGGGUAUAUGAUCAUCCCUCACCAAUGAGCUGCAUUCAUCGUAUUAAGAUGAUUAUAUUAGGAAAAGCACCUACGUUCCUUAAAAAUCAAACAGACUUGGAGCCAUCUACAUUUUCUUGUACAGAUGAAUAUAUCUCAUCGCAAAUUCGGACAUCGAUUGAGAUUGAAAAUGAAGGUUCUGAACAGGCUAAUGACGGUGAUAUAAUUUCAGCAUCAAUCAUUACCUCGGCCUUAAAUCAACCCCCAGUUAAACAAAGCAUACAAGCCGAUACCCUGAGUUCAAGAAGCAGUGAAAUGUUAAGCUCCGUCAGUAGUUCCGCUAUCGAGCUUCCUGAACAAGACAGCGAUGGACUCGAGUAUAUUAUGGGUUAUAUUGGGCGUCAAUGCUUUGAAAAGUUUCCGCAUUUAAAUUAGGGUAAUCUUAGUC